AAACAUUACGUCAAAAAAUCCGAAUUUAUGUGAAACAAAAUGCAAAAACACUGCAAAUACAUUGAAAAUUUAUAAAGUUUUAUACUUUUUGUAAUUAAGAUUUGAUCGCAUAUCCGUGUUAGAUUAUAGAUAUUCAUUUCUUUUAACUGAGGUCAUAUACAUGAUUUAAUUUGCUAAAAUGGACGUUGAUUUGUUAAGACCGGGCACAGUUCCCCUUUCUCCUGAUACAAUAUUGUGGUUUGAGUUUCUUCUAGACCCAAAUCUUCUUAAAAAUCAUCUUUGCAAACCGUCACCUGAGCCGACAGGUUGUGAACUGAUAAUAGAAUUCCUUUCGGUUGACAAUAAAAAUGGUGGUUCCAAGCCCACAAGUGAGAGAGUGGUGGACCUGGAUGUGCCAUCAAGCCCGCAGUCAGCGAGCACCUCGCCGCCCGCCGUGCAGUUCACACGGAAACAACUUGCUCUUAAGAUCCUGGCAUUGAAAGUUGCUGCUCAUCUGCGAUGGAAUUUAGAUAUUUUGGAAUCUAAAUUGCCACCAAUUAUACAACAACAGUUGAUGCAAGAUCUGGUGUACAUGGCCACCAACGGAGCAUUCUCUGUCCCUCCUCAGGAUAUUUCUCUGGAGUUGCUUCAUAAAGCUGAAGUGCAGUUUGCUCUGACAAUGUACCACCGAUGGAUUAUCAGAUUCCCAGUCAAGGCUGCCCUCUAUGCUAAAGCAACUAAAUUGCCAUUCAUACAUCUACCAGGGAUGAUUCCAGACACUGGCUACAGCCCACUGAAUCCAAGCUUUGAGAAAAUACUGAGAUGCUGUGAAGCAACUCGGGUACAGAGCAUCAGAUACUUGGAUGAUGUAUUGGCAUACUAUGAGCCAACAUCCAGUGCAGGUAGACGGGAGUCUAAAAAGAUAAAAAUACCAGUAAUGGAAGCCUUCCUCACGCUCACAGAAGACACUGGUGACCUAAACCACAACUGGGACACAGGGGACAUAGAAGUCAGUCAGUAUGAGUUCACUAUGCAAAUACACUUUGACUUAUGCUGUAAUUAUUUCUUCUAUGCUCAACAUGACCUGGCAAAGAAGCACAUCCUGGGCUGCCGAGAAAACUCCAACUUACUGGACAGAGAAAUAGCGUUCUAUGGGUAUGGGUCACACAAGACAAUGCCAUGGGGAGACUUUUAUUUUGCAAGUGUGGCCAAAGAUGAUAUCUUGGGUUAUAUUAGAGCUCUUAACUUGGGACUGGAAGUGCUGAAUGAGGAGCCGUCUCUGCUUCAGAAAUUGCAGGAGUCUGUCGCCAAUCACUACACAGGGAUCAUAAGUGUUUUACAAGCAGAUAACCUUGCUAGAGAGAUUCCCUUGGUGCAGAGACAGAUGGUGGAGCUGGACAUCCAGGGCUCGGCGUCGGGCGGCGCGGUGGCGGCGGCGCGUGACCUGCUGCCGCGCGUGGCCGCGCUCAACGCCGUGCGGUACGCGCUGGACGGCGGCCUGCCCUCCACGCAGCCAGACUUCGUCAAUAAAUUCAAGAUAGUCGGAAUUAAAUUCUUCGAUAUUUUAUUCUGGGCCCUGGCGCCGGUAUUGAUGUCAGAACUCGGAGAAAAAGAAUGGGAAAACCUCAGAAUGUUCUUUCUACAUCUGGCCACUUCUCAGUGUCAAAUACCUAUCGACAGAAUAGACGAGUACAUGAAGAAGCACGUCGGCGACUCCUCUAAAACUAUCAGACGGAAACUGAUCAGCGACAGCGAGCUGAACAUAAUAGUGAACGACAUCGCGAACAGCGACGACGAGAGCGUGGAGAUCCCGCGGCUGCUUCUGGGCGACGACUGGGACGCGCCCGGGCUCGACUGCAAGGCCGUGCCCGAGCUGGAGAUGGGGCGGCUCAAGAAGCGGCUGAUCGAGGCGUCCACGGCGGACGACGUGCGCAUGUGCCUGGUGAAGCUGGCGAUGAUGGCGCCCGCGUCGCCGCUGUGGAAGCUGAGUCCGUCGUGGAAGCCGGCGGGGGCGCUGGGCGCGGCGCUGGGGGCGCUGCCGCGGGGGUUCCUGCAGGACUUCGGCUACGUGGUGUCGGGGGCGGCGCGCGCGCGGGCGGAGGCGGGCUGCGCGCGCGUGGCGCUGUCGCUGCUGUCGGUGCUGGAGGGCGAGGCGCGCGGGCAGCUGGGCGGCGGCGGCGCGCUGGCGCGGCUGCUGGGCUGGGAGCUGCUGCUGCUGCAGGUGCUCGUGGUGCUGGCGGAGUGGCCGCACCACCGCCUCAACCUGGCCGCGCUCGCCGCCAAGUGCAAGGCCUGCAUCGCGGCGGCCAGCUCCGGCGACCAGCUCGUGCCGAGGCCACAGAUCGUAGAAGCGUGUUGGAUCCUGCUAGUGAACGGGUGCGAGUGGGAGGGCGCGGGCGGGGUGGCGGGGGUCGCGGGGGGCGGCGCGGGGGUGGCGGGGGACGCGGCGGCGGCGCUGUGCGCGGCGUGUCUCGAGCUGCAGCGCGGCAAGGCGGCUAGGAAGCUGCCGCGCGCGCUCUGGGAUCUGGCCCUAUCAGUAUACUCCAACGCGCCGGGCCCAACGAAGCGGAGCGCGGGCGGCGCGGCGCACUCGCGGGACGCCGCCGCCGCCGCCGAGGCACGGCACGCCUUCCACGGCUUCCUGGCCACACUGAGGGAACCGCUCGCCAUUACUGUCAUGCUGUCUGUACUCGCCAGAAUAUACAACGUGAUAACCGACGACCCGGCCACGGAACUCGUAAUAGACUACCUGGCGCUGUGGCCUGGCGGCGUGUCGGCGCUGAGCUCGCACAACGCGCGCCUCGUGCUCGACGCCGCCGCCGACGUGCUCGAGCGCAGUCUGCGCCUCUACCCGUACAACACUUCUUGGCUCCGUCUCUACGGCGACGUGGAAGCAGCAGCCGGGCGCCCCGCAGCCGCUCUCCGCCGCUACCUCUGCUCCCUAGCGGCCGGCUCGUGGCACUUCGCGAAGCGCGCGCCGGACGAGGGCGCCACCGCGCGGCGCGCCGCCCGCUGCUGCGUGGCCGUGGGCGCGCCCACCGCCGCCGCGGCGCUGUGCCAGCUGCCCGAUGAGCCGGAUUAUACGCCCGCGUUUAAGUGUCUUGCUGAGAAGACGGGCAACGCGUCGGACGCGAUGGACGCGUACUACGGCACGAUCUGGGACGGCACGCUGCUGGAGGUGGCCGUGGCCUUCCACGCGCGCCGCGGCGAGGGCGGCCGCCGCGCCAGGGCUGUCAAGGCGGCCGGAGCCCUAGAGCUGAACGCCAACAACAGUGAAGACAUCCAGCGCGAGGCCGCCGCCACGCGCCGCGCCCGCCUGCUGCGCGCGCUCACCAACCAGUAUGUGGCCUAGUUGCACACCGUUACAUACGGAAUAUAGGGUUGCCAGACUAUGAGAGUGGUUAAACAGAUGUAGCAUAGUUGCACACCGUUACAUACGGAAUAUAGAGUCAAGCGGUGAAACGAUAAGUGCUCUUCUGUAUUGUGCUUGGGCAUGACUAUAACACAUGCCCGAUCUCAAUCCAGUAUGUAACCUAGUUGCACACCGUUACAUACGGAGUAUAGGGUCUGAUGGUGAAACAAUAAGUGCUCUUUUGUAUUGCGCUAGGGCAUGUCUAUACAACAUGGCCGAUCUCAUUUCAAUACCGGCUAAGAAAUUAUAAUUAUUGUUUUAUACAAAAGGUUGACCAAAUGUGCUAUACAUACAUAGAACUUAGUUGCAAAAAUGGACUCUAAAACCGGACUCUUAAAUCUACAUAUGUGUGGACUGUAACCGUCGAUCGUAUUGGUAGGAUCGUGUCAAAUCUGCAACACUAGAACUUUGUACAAAAGACUGUAAAUAGUAUUUUUAAGUAAUAAUUUUGAAUAUAGUGCUACGUUUUUUA